AUGGGAUGAGCCGGGGAAAGCACACCCAGGAGGAGUUCGUGCUUUCAGCGCUGAUCCUGAACGCUGCCCUGAGCCAGUGCCAUGCGCGGUGACACCGGUGACACCAGCAUUCUUGUGCCACCCGCAGGGACCCCAAGCACCUCCCACCCCCGUGACUUUGGGGCACAGCAUUUGAUUUGGGGUGGAUUUUAGCAUUUCCCCCUAACACCAUCCAUGCACGGCGUUCCCCCCAGCCCGGCUCUGGCUCCAGCUCCUAAGGAAGGGAACCCCACAAAGCAGCAAAACCACUGCAUGGCGCUCACCGGUGCCUCUGGAUUUUUGGGCAAUCUGAUUUUGGCUUUGGGGCAGAUGCCCACCGAGGUGCCCCCAUCCUCCCGCAGAGCCCAGGGCCCAUUUGGAGGCAGAAACCCCCAAAUCCGCCCGCUGUCUCCUUCCCCGCUGACCCCGUUGCUGGGCGCUGCGGCCUAGGGACACUUUGGGCACCGUCCCCGUUGUGCCUCGGUUUCCCCACCGCUGCGGGGUUGGGGGGCAGCCAGGCUCAGCCCCGUUCCCCCCGCAGAGAUCCGCGAGGCCUUCAAGGUGUUCGACCGGGACGGCAACGGCUUCAUCUCCAAGCAGGAGCUGGGCACGGCCAUGCGCUCGCUGGGCUACAUGCCCAACGAAGUGGAGCUCGAGGUCAUCAUCCAGCGCCUCGACAUGGACGGUGAUGGGCAGGUGGACUUUGAGGAGUUUGUGACGCUGCUGGGACCCAAGCUGUCCACCUCGGGCAUCCCGGAGAAAUUCCACGGCACCGACUUCGACACCGUCUUCUGGAAGUGCGACAUGCAGAAGCUGACGGUGGACGAGCUGAAGCGACUGCUGUACGACACCUUCUGCGAGCACCUCUCCAUGAAGGACAUCGAGAACAUCAUCAUGACAGAGGAGGAGAGCCACAUGGGCACGGCCGAGGAGUGCCCCGUCGAGGUGGAGACCUGCUCCAGCCAGCAGAUCCGGCAGACCUGCGUGCGGAAAAGCCUCAUCUGCGCCUUCGCCAUCGCCUUCAUCAUCAGCGUCAUGCUCAUCGCCGCCAACCAGGUGCUGCGCAGCGGCAUGAAGUAGCGCGGACGCACGGGGAUGUCCGUGCGGGUACGGGGCGUCCAUCCAAACCCGUAUGGGACGCCCAGCUCCUGCGAGCGGACCCGCGAGGAAAAAACACCCCGGGGAUGGAGAGAAGAGCCCGGCACGGGGCGAGCGGGGAGCUCGCAGGGCUGUCUGCAGGACGCAGUGACUUUGAGAGACACGCACACACAACCGACCCUCGCCAGCAAAUACUCAGUGCAUGCAACGUGCAUGGAGCCCGUCUGCCGCCCCAUCCCUCCGAGCCGGGCCGACCCGGCGCCGGAUCCCGUCGGAUGCACCGUGAUAGCCUCUAUAGCUCGAUAUUUAUGAUAAAAACGGAACAGAACACACACACACACACACACACACACACACACAAACCAAACCAUCUCGUAAGCAAUACACCCGCGCGUGAGAUGUUUUUCUCUUCGGAGAUCCGGGAGCGUUUGCAUGGACGUCGCUGCCAAGGGCUGGAUGUC